CCGCCUUAUGCAUUUUGUACAUUCAAAUGGACUCCUAAUAGCAGUGGCUGUUCGGCUGCUUCUGCGUCGUAGAUUUCUCUCUUUUUUUAAUCUGAUGAUGUUAUUAUGGCUAAGGGCCGGCGACUGACAGCGAGUUUGAGCGAACGAUUACUCGGAAGCAGCUACAGCUACAGCUACACUCAAGGAUCCAACGAAGGGGACGAUUCGGAGCUCGGGGAACAAGAUGUUUGGUCGAUGGUUGAUGAUGCUGAUCGGAACGAGCUGUUUGUGAACAAUUCGCAGAGCGAUUCGGGUCCACGCGCCACCUCUGAGAAUAACGGGAGUAUUUCUUUCGGGAGGAGUCGCCGGAUUCCGGGGGAUGGACCCCACGUGGGUGGACUUUCACUGGCUUUCGAAGAUUCUGGUAAAACAGGAUCGCCAAGUGUGGUGCAUCAAAUCCGAGGCAAUGACAGCGUGGCAUCCCCACAUGGAGGCCACCAGAUGGCCACGUCGGCACCUGUUAACGUGCCGGACUGGAGCAAGAUCUACCGCGUCGACUCAGUCGAAUCGCUGCCCGACUCGGUUGAGAACAACAACAACAACAGUAUGGAUGAGCGUGACUCGGAGAUGGUGCCACCGCACGAGUACUUGGCACGUAGCCGGAAAUCCAGCGGGAUGUCUGUUUUUGAGGGCGUCGGACGGACUCUCAAGGGGCGUGACCUCCGGCGUGUGCGCGAUGCAGUUUGGAGCCAGACCGGGUUCGAUGGUUAAAAACAUUUGCUAAGCCGGAGAUUGCUAUUGACUUAUUGUUGUUAAUCAAUAUAUAUAUAUAUAUAUAUAUAUAUAUAUAUAUAUAUUUUCAAUUACUUGGGCAAUGAUUCGGCCGGGUGGAGUCGGUGUUGGGACGGAGUCAACUCGGCAUUGAGUGAGCUCAAUCAAGGAUUGAUGAACCCCCCCAAUUGGGAUCUCCCUGUUCUGAUCUGGAUUUGGACAAUUUGAUAAUUUUUUGUUUCUCAUUAGUACCAUGUACGAGAAUUUGCAGGAUAUUAUACGCAGUAAUGGCCAAAAAUUGUCUCCAAUUAGUGAAUUAUCUUUCUAAAUUGCAAUUA